AUGACUACGAAGUGCCCACCCCACGGUUUUGAGAAUGAGAGGAUCAUUCAAUAUUUCUACAGGGGAUUGAAUCAAACAGAGCAUAACCUACUUGAGUCUAUGAAUGGUGGAGAAUUCUUAAAUCUUACGGGGGAAGAAUCCUAUAAAACUUUGGAUAAACUAUCCGAACACACACAACAAUGGGAUUUUCAAGAUAAUGGGGGUAGACAACUUGCCGCUCCCAAGACGGGAGGCCUCUAUGAGGCGCAGAACGAUACUGACAUAAGGGAGGAACUCGAGGAUCUUAGGCGUCAGCUUGACGCUAUGACCCUAAACAAACCAGUGAAUGUAGCGGAUACUUACCAAGUUGACGUAUGCGGGUUAUGUGCCAGCCCAAUGCACUUCACUCAAAACUGCCCAUCUCUGUCAAUAGAUGCUGAGUACCCAACAAAACAAGUCAAUGCCUUCAAUGACUACAGAAAACCCACAAAUAGACCAUUUUCUGAGACUUACAAUCCAGGUUCCGGCCAACCUCGACCACCUGCCUAUCAGUCCAUCACUCAAGUGCCACAUCCUGCAUCACAGUUAUCAUUGAAAGACACUCUUAAAGCAAUCAUGCAGACAGCUAACCAUUCCAUACAGUCAACCGACCAGGCCGUACAAGAGCUUAAGAAUGCCACCAUGGCCAAUAGUAGAGACAUACAAGAACUUAAGAAUGAGUUUAGGGACUCAAAGAACUUCACUCAUCAAGCUAUGUCAAAGAUGGAAGGGCAAAUUGGCCAGCUAGCCAAUCAAAUCUCUAUCAAGUACAAGGACCCUCGAUGUCCUACAAUUGCUUGCAUGAUUGGUGACAACCGAGUUAAUAGAGUUGUGUUGGAAUUGGGGGCUAGUGUAAAUAUCCUGCCGUAUCCAGUCUAUGUUCAGCUGGGAAUGGGUGAGCUGAAACCCAUUUCGAUUACACUUCCUUUGGUUAACAGAUCUAUAAAGGUUCCGAGGGGAACUGUUGAAGAUGUUCUUAUCAAAGUUGAUAAGUUCUACAACCCUAUGGACUUCAUUGUCUUAGAUACAGAACCUGUUAUAAAUGUGGAGCUCCAAAUUUGA